AUGACUGUCGGUGGCUCCUUUCUCGCCAAGACGCUCUCGUCGCUGUGGGGCCGUGGCAGGGCGCUGCCGCUGCUCGACUACCCGAUCGCCUCGUCUGAGCACUUCUUCGCCGACAGUGGCGUCGUGCUGCGCGAGGACGAGCCCUCGUCGCUGAUCGCUUUUACACUCAGCUCCUCGACGUAUCAGCACCGCCUGGAGACGCUUCGUGCCUCGCACGCGUCGGAGACAGUCGUUUCGGCAGACGCUGGCGACUGCACCUUCUCGUCUGAGCGGUGGGACACGAUCUCUGUCGAGUCACGGCCGCCGGCGUUCGGUCUCGAGGCCCAGCUGCGGCGCCCCGAAGGCACACACCUGCGCUUCGAGUUCAACAGCGGCGGCUCGCGCUUCCACAUCCGCACGCUCUUUACCGAGCAGUUCGAUGCGCUGCGCCGUGCAUGCGGCUGCGAGCAGAGCUUCAUCCAGAGCCUCAGCCGCUGCGUCAAGUGGGACAGCAGCGGCGGCAAGAGCGGCAGCGCGUUCCUCAAGACCAAGGACGACCGCUUCGUGAUCAAGGAGUUCUCGCGUGCCGAGAUGGAGGCCUUCCUCUCGGGCGCCACGGGCUACUUCCAGUACAUGGCGGGUGCCAUCUUCGGCGCUCGACCGACGACGCUGGCGAAGAUCUUCGGCUGCUUCCGCAUCUCCAUCCGCAACACGCAGACGGGCAAGAGCAUCAAGCUCGACUGCCUCGUCAUUGAGAACCUCUUCUACGGCCGGCAGAUGCACAAGAUCUUCGACCUCAAGGGCUCGCUGCGCAACCGGCACAUCCGCGAGACGGGCCGCGCCGACGAGGUGCUGCUGGACGAGAACCUCGUCGAGAUCGCGAGCAAGAGCCCGCUCUUCGUGCGCGAGCACGACAAGCGUCUGCUGCGCGCCGCGCUGUGGAACGACAGCCUGUGGCUCGAGCGCCAGAAUGUCAUGGACUACAGCCUGGUCGUCGGGCUCGACAAGGACCGCAAGGAGCUCGUCGUGGGCAUCAUCGACUUUGUGCGCACGUAUACGUGGGACAAGAAGGCCGAGUCGUGGCUCAAGGAAGCCUCCGGCCUCGGCGGCUCCAAGGCGACGCCGACGGUCAUCACGCCCGGCCUGUACCGGCAGCGCUUCCUCACCUUCCUCGACUCCUCCUUCCUCCUCGUGCCCGACGCAUGGUUCACGCCUGCAGACGAGGCAAUCCCGCUGCACGGCUCGACGAGCUCGAGCGCCCUCUACGCGGCCGGCGGCAUCAUUUCCGGCAAGGACGCGCCGGCCACGUCCUAG